AUGAUAGCAGCACCAGCAGCACCACCACCACCACCAGCAGCAGCAGCAGCAGCACCAGCAGCAGCAGCAGCAGCAGCAGGAGCAGCAGAAGCAGGAGCAGCAGCAGCAGAAGCAGGAGCACCACCACCAGCAGCAGCAGCAGGAGCAGCAGCAGCAGCAGCAGCAGCAGGUGGCAGCAUAAUAGCAGUGGGGGGUACAGACGGCAGCAUCCAGGUGAUAGAGUGCAGCAGCCUGUCUCCGCUGGGAUCGAUCCCCAGGGGAGACGUCUCCCUGAGCUGUCUCUCUCUCAGCAGCGAUCUGUCUCUUCUUGCUUGGGCCUCAAAAAGACCCCACAAUGAUAUGUAG